CCGACUCUUUGCGAGCCUGAUCCAGACGAUAGUCGUCGCAAAAAUUCAGGAACAGCUGGCUAAACACGUGAGCGACUUCUCUCAAACGCUUUCUGUAGUCCUUUCGCAUGACCUGGUGCGUCCGUUCGUGGAGACCUUGCGACCUCAAGCAAACGCCCCAGCAGACGAUCAGAUCUCUAAUGACCAAACAUCAACCGUUGAUGCCGUAAUGAUAGGGGAUCUUGAGAAUCGGAAAAGUGCUGCUGGGGCAACAAGCAAUAUCAAAAUAGCAACGCCUUCUGGGGCUGCUUGUCAGGCGGCGUCUUUGUCAGCGUCUGGUAGUACUGUGCGACCUAGCCGAGUAGAUCCUGAUGCCGCAGCGAGAUCAGGUCCGAUAACAACCUACGAUGCGCAGGAUGUGCUUUUGGGUCAGAAAAGCAAGGCUACCUCAACACAGUCUUAUCAGACUGCUAGCAACGGUUCUGAACCGACCACGGGUGCGCCCUUAUCAGUUUCAAUAUCGAGGGACAAUGUAAACGUUGACUCCACCGUUGCAGCAACGCCUAGUUCCUCGUCGUUCGGCUUUUUUGGUUCGUCUUCCGACCGAUCACGAAAUACGGUUUGGAGUUCCGAAGUCGUUCUGACACGCCGCCGAGGUCAGUUUGGAUUGGCUGAGACGCGGCUUGCGCCUUCAAAACUCGAAAAUGACUCAGCAGAAACGUCGAAGACGAGUACGGAGGGACGACCAGAAGCAACGGCAGGAACAGACGAUGCAGACGACGGAAGUCGCGCCACAUUAGCGUCUGCGUUCCGGACUGACUCGCGAGACGGUGACGAGGGUGAAGAGAACGAGGACUCGGAAUUCAGUAUGGUGCAUUGGGAUCUUCCAAGGCGCCUUCGCUUAGAGGAAUACCCACAGAUUGUAGAGAAUCCUGUGUCACCGAAAUACGAUGCUCUCCGAAACAAGACCAGAAAGCCACCUUCUGCCUUGGAUGAAACAGAUCUGGAGAAUGUUGUUGAGGUUGAAGAUGGUCUUCGAGCUAGUAACAGAAAACGGAAUGCGAGUGCCAGCAGUGGAGAAGCCGCACUACAAGAAGAUCAACAAAAUAGCGUAUCUGCUAUGGCCAGAAGUUCCGGCGUGAGUCUUCAGACGGCCUUGCUGUUUGAAGAUGACUAUUUUCAACAAAUCCAAGCGGAUGCGGGAGAAGCGCGAACCGAAAAUGUGGACCGGGACUUGAGCCAAAUAUAUUUUUCAAGUCAUUCGAGGGAGACCCUGGAAGAACCCGACAGUGAAGGUACGGCUGUAGUUGAAGGCACGUCCCCAUCUUCGUGGCGCAGUUGGGCUGCUCUAUUUUCUGGAAGCUUCGUGUCCUCAAGGCCAACGACUUCGCAGCGCUCACGCCGAUUGAGCUUGAGCGCGAUCCCGGCUACUUCCUCUGGUUUAUCGCCUAAGGUAAGACGAGAUGGCGAAGUUGAGGAACGAUCGCCGACGGAGCGGACGGCUAAUCAGCCUCGCGCAGUCUCACCGAGCCUCGCAAUCAAUAGAGAAGGCAUUUCUUAUCGAGGCACCGGAAUUGUCACUGUAGAUGACUUUUUGCUGCCUGGAAGUACAUCACAAAAUGGCCGAGCGAACACGGGAUCAAAGAGCGAACAAGAUCUAUCACAGGUGAGAAGAAAUGAGCAAGACGGAAACAGGAUGCGGUCGCGCGAUAGCGACAACGAUGCAGCGACUAUUCUAGUUUUAGGCAGAAAAAAUGCCGGAACAGUGUCCGACCUUUCCACAGAAGUGGAUCAUGGUUUUUUAGUCCUCGAUAGUGGAAAUUCAACAACAAGACAAGAGCUAGCAGAAAGUGUGGCAACCGCAUGCAUGCGUCGUGCUAUUGCUCUUCGUGUCGCUGCGGCCUCCGCAGCCGACUUCUGUGCUUAUGCAAGAAUACUUCAGGAAAGCGGCUCCUUGUCGACAGUCGAUGUCGAUCAGCCCGGCACGAGAAGAAUAGUAGAAGGUGCGUCUUCGCCAAGGGAAGCAUCCUCCGCCUCUCUUGACAAUGAAGGCAGACCGCAGAACGCUCAAAAGAUGGCUAGCGCCAUUUCACCUUCUAUUUCUUCAUCAUCAUCUUCGUCUCUCGCGCCGCAAACUACUCCUCUCUACGUGUAUGGCUUGCCUGCUGAACGUGCACUCACCACCUUGUGGGAGACUCAGCCUCCUGCCUUGAAAAAACGUAUGCUAGAGGCGAAGUUUCGCGUUCAGGAGAGCUGCAUGUUGAAAGGUCCAUGGACACGCCUUGACGAAGAUCUAGCACGCGAAGUGCUUUCGAUAAUCUCAGAGAUAGCGCGUGAGCGCGAGGGAACAAUCGAUAGUCCGUGGCUGAAACUGCACUGUCUGGACUUUCUAGCGGCGUCCUAUCGACGACAACUGCUGUCGCUCGUUCAGAAAAUGACUGAGCAGAAGCAUAAUCGAGGCGCGAAGGAUACUUUGUCAAAAGAUGCGUUAUCCUCACCUUCACGACGUCGCAUAGACGAGUUGUUUUCCAACCAUCGUAAGUUAUGGGAGCGAUCGCAAAUCUUGUUGGACUACGUUUUUCGGACGAACAGGGACUUCCUACGCGCACAGGGAUGCACUAAUGACAUGCGAACAGAGCUUCUACUGAAGCAGGGAAGGAUAGCGACGCUGCAAGUCAGGUUACAGGCAGAAACGACCGAGGACGAAAUCAUAGAUCCUGCGCUUUUCGACGCGCUACUGGAACUGCUAAUAGGUUUUCUGAGCGCCAGGAGGCAUGUACGGGAUCGCACAGGUGCGAUAACGGCUUACGCGCCUGCUGCUCGUGUAACGACCGCAUCGUGAUUUAAUGCGUAAUAAUGUUCCAGUAAGGACUGGCGUCUUGACGCUGUCAUGCCAUAGAAUCGAUGUCGCCACAUUACGUUGAACCAGAACACACAUAGAUUGUUCUUUUACCAUAUGAUGCUCAUGCCGGUCCAUCGUCGGUAUGAACGUUCACCCAGACUUUUUCACAUUUCUUCAGACAUGAUUUCCAUCUAUUCGACUUUGAAAAUAAAUGCCCUACCAAAUUCAUCAUGCUCGUCGUGCAUUACACGCCCGCGAGCUUUUCCAUUAAAACUUUUCGACAGAUUCAAACAGAAUAUUCCUGAACAAGAGCUGGAUUUCGUGCAAGAACACCAUUAUAAGUUUAGAUGAAAGUAGAUAGCGUCUCACAUGUAAAAAUAAUUAUGAAAUGCCCCACUGGAUCCAAAUGUUUUUAGGCUGAUCACGUAUACACGGUUAAAGGACAAGAUUGGGACUUUGACCGCGCCCAUCUCAGCAGGAAUGCGGAGCUACUCAUUGGGCGGCAUCAUGCAUGCUCUGCGUCUGCGCCUCCCUUUUUCGAUAACUUGGUUUUCUUGUUCA